AUGCCCCACACCCACUCCCAAUCCACCUCCACCUCCUCCCCCUACCCUAGACCAACCCGCCUCCCCCGCUCCCCCUCCGACCCUAUUCACCUCUCCUACCCCUCCCCAACCCCCGCCUCACGCUCUCCCCUCCACUCCCCCCUCCGCGGGCCUUCCCCCGGCCCAGCGGCGGGGCAGCAGAUCUACGUCCUGACCGCCGACGGUUCCAGUCUGUUCUUGGUUGACCCUUCAAAGCCUAGGGGAGGGGAGGAGCCGCCGCCUUACGCUUCCUUCCCUGUCCAGCCUUUACCGCUUGCUGGGGAUGACGAUGCAGAUGCAGAUGCAGAAGAACCGGGUGUGAGGAGGGUAGAGUUUCCGAGCGUGGACGAAGAAGGCCCGCAUAGGCAUAGAGCCCGGACGUUAUCGGCAAUAUCGAACCAAGAACGCUAUCGCCCCCGGACAUCCACCUUCACACGCCCUCCAGCCAGCCGACGUGCGCGCUCAGCCCUCUCCACGCCCGAACCGAGGACCGCUUGGCUCGUGCCGGACGAAACGACGCCCUUGCUCCCAAGCCGCGACUUGGAAUACGCGCCUAUUGCCGAUGAGGGAGCAGGCUGGAUAGGGAGGGGGUGGUGGAGGGACGUUUGGUGUGGGGAGCUUGAAGGUGGGGAAGAAGACACUAGGGUGGGGUGGGGAGAGGGUUGGAGGAGGUAUUGGCGGCCUGUUGGGAGAUCUGCAUAUUGGGGAAGCGUGCUACAUCUCGUCUUUCUCAAUUUCCCUUUCGCGCUGCUGGUAUGGCCAUGGCUACUCGUCGGGACAUUGGCGGGCACGGCGCUGCUCAUCACUCUUCCGCUCGGCGCAAUAGUCUGGUGGUUGACGCUGAUCAUCUCUCGUUCGGCCGCAAGGCUCGAAACGAUUAUGCAAUUACAUUACCACACCCCUCUACCGCCGGGCAAAACAGCCCAAUACCAUCCAAUCUUUUAUCGUCCCCUCCCCGUCCUUCGCUCCUCUUCUCCUUAUUACACCCCCCUCCCAUCACCAUCCUCCCACCCUCACCCCCACCCUUACCACACCGCCCCCCCACCCCCUCUACCCCCAACCUUCGACCCAUCCCCAAUAAUAUGGGACAAACGCUUCACCAAAAACUCCUACGCCAUGUUCCUCGACCACUACUCCUACUCCGCCCUCUCCUAUUUCCUCCUCGUCAAACCCCUCCUCACCCUUUUUGGCACCAUCAUGUGUAUACUAGUACUGGCUUUGGGAGUGGGCACACUAGGCGUGGGGUUGCCUGUUGCUAUGCGGAUUGUUAGACGGUGGGGGAGGUGGCAGGGAGAGGUUGCUUUGGAUAAUCUCUAG